AUGAAGAUCAACUCCCUCGCCAUUGUCCUUGCCGCCCCCAACAAGCCUGCCGUCAUCCUAUGCAGCGCAUCUGACCUCUCCUCCUUCUCCUUCUACCAACGCGGCGCCAUUCAGGAGUUCAUGAAGUUCUUCACCACCACCGUCGCCGAGCGCACCCCCCAGGGUCAGCGCCAGAGCAUUCAGGAAGGCUCUCACACCGCCCACGUCUACAAUCGCGGAGGUGCCGAACAGCUUGCAGGCGUGAUGAUUGCGGACGGAGAGUACCCAGUCCGGCCGGCGUUCUCACUCUUGACCAAGCUCCUUGACGACUUCAUCGCCAAGGUGCCCCAGGCGUCCUUCACCACCCCUGCCGCGAUCGCCUUCCCAGAGAUCAACACCUACCUCCAGAAGUACCAGGAUCCACGCCAGGCGGAUGCGAUCAUGAGGGUUCAGCAGGAGCUUGAUGAGACCAAGAUCAUUCUACACAAGACGAUCGAAUCUGUGCUGCAGCGAGGAGAGAAGAUCAACGAUCUUGUCGACCGCUCGAACGAGCUCUCCCAACAGAGCAAGAUGUUUUACAAGACCGCAAAGAAGCGAGGACGUGGCUCGUUGAACAGCUUUUGCUGCCACCUUACGCUUCCCUCCCCCUCCCUCUCCCCCUCCCUUUCCUUCACGGCCGGUUCCGAGUCCUCAGCAAUGAGCUCGGUCAAGGUCGUCUCUUCGGAGAUUACGGGCGCGUCCCUGCACAUCGGGCUGCCCUGGUACACCCACAUCUACACCGUCCCCUUCCUCUGCCUCUACCCCGUGCUCGCCUACGCAUACUACGUCAAGUACGACGACUGGCUCAAAAGCGAAGAGUGGACUUUCCUUGCUUGCGUCUCUCUCGGCCUCACCCACGCGCUCAGCUUCUUGUUUACGCGCUGGAAUACUGGGGUGAAAGCCUUCAUCACGACCAGAAAGGCACGUUCUCUUGAGGAUGCGGACUGCCUUCGGAUUAUCCCCGCUCCCCACAGAGGAGAAGGCGAGAUUGUACCUCUUCUGAAGAAGGAGCCCGGCAACCCCGCGUCCUACACGUUCAACUACCAACAGGAUACGUAUGUCGUCACCGAGACCUCACCCAUCACCUUUUCUCGCUUGCCCUACCCAUGCUCCUCCAAACCUGCCCUUGGCACGUUCCUCGACCCUCCUUCGCUGCAGACGGCCAAUAUGACCUCUCUGGUGAACCUCUACGGCAAGAACGAGUACAACAUCCCCAUCCCGUCCUUCAGCUCCCUCUUCGGCGAGCAUGCAACCGCGCCGUUCUUUGUCUUCCAGAUCUUCUGUGUCGCCCUCUGGUGUAUGGACGAGUACUGGUACUACUCACUCUUCACUCUCUUCAUGCUCAUCGUCUUUGAGUGUACCGUGGUCUACCAACGCCUCCGCACCCUCACUGAGUUCCGCACCAUGGCCGUUGCCCCCUACCCUGUCUUCGUCCGCCGCGACAAUGUCUGGAUCAAGAUCCAGAGCGACGAGCUCCUCCCGGGCGACGUCAUUUCUGUCGCCCGGCAACAGACCGAGACGAGCAUCCCCGCCGACAUCCUCCUCAUCCGCGGCACCUGCAUCGUCAACGAGGCCAUGCUCUCCGGCGAGUCCACCCCGCUCCUCAAGGAGUCCAUCUCCCUCCUCGAGCCGGCCGAAGCCCUCGACGCCGACAUCGCGCACAAGAACGCCGUCCUCUUCUCCGGGACGAAGCUCCUCCAGGCCACGCACGACGGCGACACGCCCGACGGCGGCUGCCUCGGCGUCGUCCUCCGCACUGGCUUCGGCACCGCGCAGGGCCAGCUCGUGCGCACGAUGAUCUUCUCGACCGAGCGCGUGUCGGCGAACAACGCCGAGAGCUUCCUGUUCAUCGGCUUCCUCCUCAUCUUCGCCAUCGCCGCGAGCUGGUACGUGUGGGUCAAGGGCAUCGAGCGCGACCUCAAGAAGUCGAAGCUGCUCCUCGACUGUAUCCUCAUCAUCACGAGCGUCGUCCCGCCCGAGCUGCCGAUGGAGCUGUCCCUCGCCGUCAACGCGUCCCUCGUCGCGCUGUCGAAGUAUGCCAUCUUCUGCACAGAGCCCUUCCGGAUCCCGUCUGCAGGUCGUGUCGAUGUCUGCUGCUUCGACAAGACUGGUACCAUCACUGCGGAGAACCUCGUUGUGGAGGGCGUUGCCGGUGUCGACCCCACCGACUCCCUGAAGCUCGUUGAUGUCAAGGCUACCGGCCGCGAAACCACCUUGGCCCUUGCGGCUGCGCACGCCCUUGUGCGUCUCGAUGACGGUACCAUCGUCGGUGACCCCAUGGAGCGAACCACGCUCGAGGCCCUCAACUGGCACGUUAUCAAGGGCGACAGCGUCGGGCCCAUCGAAUCCUCUGCGCCGCACAAGACCUCCCUCAUCGUCCGCCGCAGGUUCCAGUUCUCCUCUGCCCUCAAGCGGAUGAGCACCGUCUCGACCCUACCCAACGGCCGCUGCAUGAUUGCUACGAAGGGUGCUCCGGAAACUAUCCGUCGCAUGUUAUCUACCGUCCCUGCCAACUACGACGACACCUUCAAGUGGUUUACUCGUCGCGGAAGCCGUGUCUUGGCGCUCGGAUUCAGGGAGAUGGAGCCUAUGCCCCUUGACAAGAUCAAGAAGCUCCCUCGCGACCAGGUCGAGUCGGGUCUGACGUUCGCGGGUUUCUUGGUCUUCCACUGCCCCCUCAAGGAAGAUGCUGUCGAGACUCUGAAGAUGCUUGGCGAUUCGUCACACCGCUGCGUCAUGAUCACCGGAGACAACCCGCUCACUGCCGUUCACGUCGCCCGUGACGUUGAAAUUGUCGACCGUGAGGCACUCAUCCUCGAUGUCCCCGAAGGUUCUUCCACCCUCGUCUGGCGCUCCGUCGACGAUACCGUCAACAUCACCGUGGACCCCACCGCUCCGAUCGACACCUCGCUGUUCGACAAGUACGACAUCUGCAUCACCGGCGUCGCGAUGAAGCUAUAUGAAGCGCACCCGUCCUGGAACGACCUCGUGCAGAACACGUGGGUGUACGCUCGUGUAUCGCCCGCGCAGAAGGAGUUCAUCCUCACCUCCCUCAAGUCCCUCGGCUAUGUCACCCUCAUGGCCGGUGACGGCACCAACGACGUCGGCGCGCUCAAGCAGGCCCACAUCGGCGUCGCGCUCCUCGACGGCACCGAGGAGGACCUGAAGAAGAUCGCGGAGCACCAGCGCAACGAACGGCUCAAGAAGGUGUACGAGCAGCAGCUCAAGAUCUCGGCGCGCUUCAACCAGCCGCCGCCGCCGGUGCCGCCACUGAUCGCGCACUUGUACCCGGACGUUGUCGCGGCGCAGCAGCGCGCGGUCGCGGACCAGCAGACGGCGCGGAAGAAGAACCCGAUGGAGAAGUUCGACCUCGCGUCGAUCACGGACAAGCUCGCCGACAUGGACGCGGAGGACGAGGUGCCGAAGAUCAAGCUCGGGGACGCGUCGUGCGCCGCGCCGUUCACCUCCAAGCUGUCGAACGUCAAAGCGAUUACGCACAUCAUCCGCCAAGGGCGCUGCACGCUCGUGGCCACGAUCCAGAUGUACAAGAUUCUGGCGUUGAACUGCCUCAUCACUGCGUACAGCCUGAGUGUGCAGUACCUGGACGGGAUCAAGUUCGGCGACUACCAGGUCACCAUCACGGGCAUGCUCAUGUCGGUCUGCUUCCUGUGCAUUUCUCGUGCGAAGCCCGUCGAGAAGCUGUCUCGGGAACGUCCUCUGGGCAACAUCUUCAACUUUUACGUCCUGCUGUCCGUCUUGUUCCAGUUUGCCCUCCACAUCGCGACGCUCGUCUACAUCACACAGCUCUCGUACCAGUACGAGACGCGCGGCGAGAUCGACCUCGAGGCCAAGUUCGAGCCGAACCUGUUGAACACGGCCAUCUACCUCCUCGGGCUCUCCCAGCAAGUGUCCACGUUCGCAAUCAACUUCCAGGGUCGGCCCUUCCGGGAGGGCAUCCGGGAGAACCCCGCGCUCUACUGGGGCCUCGUCGGCGCGUCCGCAGUCGCGUUCUCGGGGGCGACGGACCUGAUGCCGGAGAUGAACCGCUGGCUGCAGAUCGUGGAGAUGGAGGGCGCGUUCAAGGUGCGGCUGACGGCGUCGAUGACGGUCGACUUUGUGGGCUGCUUCGUGAUCGAGCAGGUGUGCAAGCGGCUGUUCGCGAACCUGGAGCCGAAGCCGAUGAUCACCAAGGGGCGGGAGCGGCGAGAAAGGCGGAGGGCGGAGGAGGAGGCGAAGAAGGAGUGA